AUGUUGAGCGAGGGCAUCAAACUAGCAGAAGACAAAUACAGAAGAGAAUUGAUAUUUAACAUUGAUGUCGUCACUCUAAUGAGAGAUGAAGAAAGUGAAAGUUACAACCACGUUUGUGCCGUUGCCGAUAAAGGAAUAUCAAUCGUCAUCGAUUUGACAUGGAGCGGAUGGGAUAAAGUUAAUAAUUUGGCUGGAAAAUAUAAAAUUCCAGUUAUAAGAGCUGACGUCACCAUUAGAACAUUCGUUCGUUCCAUGAAUGAUUUCUUAUCCUUUCGAAACGGUACGGAUUCAGCAUUGAUAUUCGAAAACGAAUCCGAAUUAGAUCAAGCAUUAUUUUAUUUAAUCGGUCAUUCCGUUUUAAGAGUUGUCGUAUUGGAUAAAUUAACGUCUAAAAACGUACAAGGAUUGAUUAACAUGAGACCGACGCCAUCUUUUUUUACCAUUUUCGCAACGACGGAAAAAAUGAAACAAUUUUUUCGCAUCGCUCUAGAAUCGAAUUUGGUAAAAAGAAAUGGAAGAUGGACUUUAAUAUUUACCGAUUUCAAUUACGACCAUUUUGAUAUGACCAACGUUAAAAUUUUAACUAAUUUAAUAACAAUGAAAAAAACCACGUGUUGUCAAAUGCUAAACAUAGACGAAAUGUGCACUUGUCCGAAAGAUUUCAAGAUAGUCUCGACUUUUCUCUCCAAUUUUGGAAUUCUCAUCGGUGACGUAGUCUACGACAUGCUGUCGGAAAAUGUCAAAAUAAAACCGUUGAAAUUAAAAUGUGACGGUGGUGACGUCGUCAGCGUCACCGGUGACGAUUCUUCUUCUCCAUCUGGAGAAGAAGAAGAAAACAAAAAUGUCACAACGGCCGCGAGUUUUAAAAAAAGUUUAAUUAAAUUAUUAAGCCGACACAAAUCCUUCGAUUACGAUUCCAUAGAUAAUUUAAUUUAUUUCAAAUCCUCUGGAGAAAUUUCCGUGUCGAACGAAUCGGAAAAAAUCAAUUUGGGAACGUGGAAUUCUGAAAACGGUUUCGCACUUUCUCCAGGACAAAUUAUGGAACCUGAUAAAAGAUUUUUCCGAAUCGGCGUCGUGCCUGGAGAAAUACCUUGGUCUUAUCAGGAAAAAGAUUUCAAAACUGGAGAAUUGAUAUGGAAAGGAUAUUGCGUGGAAUUAACAGAAAAAUUAUCGGAAUUAAUGAAUUUCGAUUAUGAAUUCAGUUCUCCAAAAUCUGGAAAAUAUGGUAAAAGAUUACCGAAUGGAAAAUGGGACGGUUUAGUCGGUGAUUUAGCACGGGGGGAAACGGAAAUCGCUAUCGGUGCUCUUACUAUGACGUCAGAAAGAGAAGAAAUCAUUGAUUUCGUAUCUCCUUAUUUUCAUCAAACUGGAAUUUCCAUAAUGAUAAGAAAACCGAUACGUCCGACGUCACUUUUUAAAUUUAUGACAGUUUUACGGAUAGAAGUUUGGAUGUCGAUUCUCGGCGCUUUAUCCGUUACUGGAAUUAUGAUUUGGUUACUGGACAAAUAUUCUCCAUAUUCCGCAAGAAAUAAUAAGGAAAUGUAUCCUUAUCCUUGCAGAGAAUUCACACUCAAAGAAAGUUUUUGGUUUGCUUUGACGUCAUUCACACCUCAAGGCGGUGGUGAAGCACCCAAAGCACUUUCCGGUAGAACACUCGUUGCUGCCUACUGGCUCUUCGUCGUUCUUAUGUUGGCAACAUUCACUGCAAAUUUAGCUGCGUUUUUAACCGUCGAAAGAAUGAAGUCGCCUGUCGAAUCACUCGAACAAUUAGCAAGACAAAGCAGAAUCAAUUACACUGUCGUGCGUAACAGCGACACCCAUAGUUUUUUCGUAAACAUGAAAAAAGCAGAAGACACUCUUUAUCAAGCAUGGAAAAAUUUAGCAUUGAAUGCGACGAGCGACGAAACGCAAUUCAGAGUUUGGGAUUAUCCAAUCAAAGAACAAUACGGUCACAUAUUGUUGGCAAUAGAACAAACCGGAUUGGUCGAUAACGAAACAGUCGGCAUACAAAAGGUUUUGGAAAGCGAAACUGGAGAAUUUGCAUUCAUACACAACGAAGCCAUAAUAAAAUACGAAGUUUAUAAAAAUUGCAAUUUGACCGAAGUCGGUGAAGUUUUCGCCGAGAGACCCUAUGCCGUAGCCGUUCAACAGGGAAGCGUCCUACAGGAAGAAAUCAGCAGGAGAAUAUUAGAUUUACAAAGGGAAAGAUAUUUCGAAAUGCAAACGGCAAAAUUUUGGAAUUCUUCCGCGACAUCCGAUUGCCCGAAUACGGACGACAACGAAGGAAUAACUCUCGGAAGUUUGGGUGGAGUUUUCAUAGCAACGCUUUUCGGUUUGGUUUUGGCCAUGAUAACUCUCGCCGGCGAAAUAUUAUACUACAAACACAAAUCGAAAACCAUCGUCGAUCCAAAAAAUCGAAAGAAAAAUCUCGCAAAGAAAAAAAAAUUUAAAAAAGAUGACGUCAUAACUUCGAACACGAGAUUUCAAAAACGGUACGACGAUGACGUCAAUGUAACGAAUUUCACUUCCGGUGAUCCUUUUUUCGAUUUCGUUCGUCCCAGGUAUCCGACAACAAAUUUCAAAUCUACCGGACCCGGAAAAAUGAUGCCGAGAGUUUCUUACAUUUCCGUUUAUCCGAAAAAACAACAACAACAAACACAACUACAACAACAACCUUUUUACAAUUGA